ACACCAACUGUGACCCCAACCGCAGCAUCCCGUCAAGAAAGCAAGCCGCACAGCAAAUCAAGGAAAUCAUUCGCAGCCACCCGGACCACACCGUAGUCUUAGGUCUCUACGCCCUUGGAAAGGAGUCUCUGUUGGUGGAGCUUGCCAUGGAGUUUCAAACCUGGAUCGAGGUGAGUUUUGACAGGAUGGAGACCCUCAGAGUGCUCGGGCUGCCCGACGUCUUCACCACCGACCCGGGCGCCGGCCGUAUCCGCGUUGUGGAGCAGAGAGAGAUCUCCUUUGCCGCCAUGUGCCGGUGGAACAGCGAAGAACCCACGUUGGCCAUCUAUCCCACCAGCAGGCCCCUCCCCCUCUUCCACCCCAAACUGCACGUGGUGCCCUACUCGGACCACUCGUCUUAUCAAGAGCUGGUGGACUUUGUCUCCGGGCUCAAACCUUCCUCCCUGUUGCCCAUCGUUGGCAACGGCAUCCCGGCAAGCCUCUCCACCUUAUUACCCUACAAAAGGCGUGAAGUCCUGGUGCCCGAGUCGGUGCAACGCUACAUGAGGAGGCUGCCGGAGAACUGGAGCAGAUCAUCGGUAAAACUUCGGCGCCAAUAUGUUCGACCGAAUGUACCUAAAGGAGUGGUGUUUGAAUCUCCCGGGGAGCGUCCGGGUCCGGGUUCUUCCUCCUCCGAGGACGACGCGAUGGACAUGGACAGUGAUUGCAGCCUGGCAGAAUCCCGCGAGGAGUUCACCUUUUACAAAAGCAGUCGAGAACCCUUGGACACGUGGAGGCUAAACCUCGUGCACCCCAUCCCGGAAGAGAUUUUGAUGGCGCAACGGGUGCCGUUCAGUCAACUCAGCCAGAGCAAUUUCACCCCUCUGGAAAUCUUGCAGGACGCGGGCGGCGGCCUCACGCCGCGGCGACGCGCCACCGAGGAGGCGACGGCGAGCGCGUCUCACGGGACCCCCGCUCGUCCGCCGUCGUCGGACGACGACGACUCGAGCGUGUCUGAGGGCGGCUCUGUUGCCCUCGACGGUUUUAACGAUUUCGUCGCCUUGUCCGGUUCAUUUCGGUUUUCGGAGGCUCACCUAGAACAGCUUGAAAACGACAUUUUGAAGCAGGCGGUUUUCCCGCCGGAGGACUUAAAGCCGUGCUGCCCGCUGAAGAGCGUCAUGCGCAUGGUUUCCCUCUGUCCCGUACGCAAGCCCGAUGUGCCAUAAGUGUGUUUUUGCUGUUAAACCGAGCGCGUCAUUUCUUAACCUUUGCUGAGCCAAUUCAUUUGACAUGAUAAAAAUCUCACAUGGCCCGCCACCAAGCAGAAAAUUUACGUGAAGGAAAAACCCACAACGAUCACUUACACAGCUGGACACUGACAAUAUUAAUAAUAAAUAAAAAUGUACGGAAUAUUAAACAUUGAAAAGCAGGCAUUGGUAUAUUUUUACGUCCCACCAACCGAAUGACCUUGAUAAAACUCAUUAAAAUGGCCUGCAGAAAAUAAAUGACGGUAUGCGUAGUGAGAUAUUUACGUGCGCACCCAUUUGAGUAAAUCACUACCAUCAAAUGAUUUGACAAGAUAUAUCCUAUGUUCUCAUUUUUGGAAAGAGACAAUUCAUCCGUCUACUCCAAAUUUUACAGUGAUCCAUCGCUAUUUCGCGAUUCGUUUAUGGCGGCCUCGGUGCAUCGCGUUUUUUUCAAACAUUCAUU